CAAAACUGUAACGGUGCUAUCCGAAAAAUCGAAGUAUUUUUGUACGUUUUUCAACUUACUGAAUAACUAUUUUGGUAAAUGGAAGCGGACUGUUUCCGUUUGCUUUAUAAUCAUCUCAGGAAAUGAUUUAUAAAAAUAGUCUUAAACAGCAAAGUAAACGUUCAAUUCAUUAUUUUUCUCAGAUACAGUAGCAGUCAACACAUUUAACGAAUUAAAAAUGUCGCCUUGCUGUGGACAAACGGAGGAUUCCGUGUCAAAACAUAAUAAUUCUCGUAGUUGCACUGAUGUUUUUUGCCUCUCUAUAUUCGGAAUAUUUUGGGGUUUGUUAAUUUUUGUCGCUGCUUUUGCAAUUGUCAUAGGUAAUCCAACCAGACUUGCAUAUGGACAAGAUAGUUUCGGAAACACCUGUGGCAUGAAAAAUGAAGAAUUGGGUAAUAUGACAUUUUCUGGAAUGGAUAUGACAGAACGUCCAUAUUUGUUUUUCCUGAAUAUGAGCAACUUGUAUCAUUCAUUAAAAAUAUGUGUAAAAAAGUGCCCCGACAAAAACUUAUGGAAUGAAAAUGACAUUGAAGAAUUUGAAUCUAAUACUGGAUCGCACUUAUGCCGUUAUGAUAUAGCAAAUUUUAAGGGUAGAAGUGCCUUAUAUCCAGUUGUGAGAAAUGAAACUGUUGAUAAAUAUUUUCUUCGUGUUGAAGAAAAUAAUGGUCACUAUGCAUGUCCUAAACCUCCUAUAUUGUCAACCAAAUCUUUAUUCAAACGAUGUGUGCCUUUGCCUAUAGCUAACUUUGCAGGCGAUAUAAUUUAUAGUGUGUAUGCUUAUUUAAAUAGUUUUGAUACUAUUCAGCAAGUAGUAAGCGACAUCUAUGCAGUAAGAAUAGAAAUGCUGUUUAUGGUUGCAGUAGCUAUUAUUGUAUCCAUAAUCAUGGUGAUUUUAAUUCAUAAGUUAGCCUCUUUUGUAUCAUGGAUCAUAAUGGUUAUUGCUAGUAUAGCAUGUAUCGCUGGAACAUGUGUACUAUGGUGGACUUACGUAGACAUAAAAUGGCAGCUGGAUUCUACUCCUUUUAACCAACUGUUGUCUGAAUCGGUUCAGAAUGAACAAACAUUUUUAGUUUAUUCUAUUUUAGCCACUAUAUUUACUGCAAUAUUACUUUUGAUUGUUUUUGUGUUGAGAAAGCGAGUAAAUAUUGUAGUCUUAUUAUUUGUAGAGUCUGCAGAAUGUAUUAAAGGUAUGCCGUUCAUCCUCUUACAACCUGUUUUUACAUUUAUUGCUCUUGCUUGCUUUAUCACAUUUUGGAUUUUUGUUUUAGUUGCUCUUGCCACAGCUUAUUAUCCAACUAAAAAUAGAAUAGAAAAUCCUUUGCAGCUAACAUCUCCAGCCCCUUUUCCUGAAAAUUUCUCGGGUACUAUUGUACCUGCCCCAGUGUUGGAAGAAGAGCGAGUUUUAAACAAAGCUUUCACUCUUGUUAGUUUCACUGAAAGUUCUUGGGUUCAGUACAUGUGGUGGUACCAUCUCAUUGCAUUAGUAUGGACCAGUGAAUUCAUACUUGGUUGUCAACAAAUGGUCAUUGCUGGUUCUGUUGCUACAUGGUACUUUUCAAAAGAUCGUAACAAUAUACCAAGGCCCAUUUUGAAAUCUGUUGCAAACCUUAUUGUUUAUCAUCUGGGGUCUGUUGCUCUUGGUGCUUUUCUUAUCACUUUAUUUAAAAUUCCUCGAAUAAUUUUAACAUACAUGAUCAGUUUCAUGAAAAAAUAUCAAGAAUCGAAGUGUAUUUCAUGGUGCCUCAAAUGUUGUGUUUGUUGUUUAUGGUGUAUGGAAAAAUGCAUUCGUUAUUUGAAUCAUAAUGCUUAUACCAUUGUAGCAAUUCAGGGUAUUAAUUUCUGUACAGCUGCCAGGGAAGCCUUUGAUAUCUUGGCUUCUAAUGCCUUACAAGUUGCAACAAUUAAUAGUGUUGGUGAUUUUAUUCUGUUCCUUGGAAAAUGUAGUGUUGCUGCAAUCACUGCCUUUUUCAGUGUUCUGCUCUUGAAAAAUGACCCAGAACUGCACUUCUAUGCUAUACCUGUUAUUCUUAUUACAAUUAUUGCUUAUUUUAUUGCCCAUUGUAUCCUGUCAAUAUAUGAAAUGGUAAUUGAUACCUUAUUUUUAUGUUGUUGUGAAGAUAUAUUAAGAAAUGAUGGUUCAAAAGAGAAACCUUUCUUUGGUGGUAAGUUAGUACGUUAUAUAAAAGGCUAUGAUGGUCAUAGUUUACAGCCUUUGAAUAAAGUUGGUGGUGAUGUAUCUGAAACUGAAUAAGUAGAUGUAUUUAUAUGGCAACUGCUUUGGUCAAAUUUGCUUCUGUAAUAUCUUAUGUAAUUUACAGAAUAGAAAUUCUAUUGUAGAACAUGGAUUUAUUAGUUUAGAAGUGUUUAUACUGUACUUAAAAAUGCAUUCUGUUACUAAUGAUAUAACUAGUAAUAAUUAAGUAUUCUUUUUUAAGAGGAUGUCCAUUUUAAGCAAUAUUUACUUUGUAAAUGAAGAUAUUUCUUAAAAUGCAGUUUUAAAAUUUUAAUUUUGUACUUCAUUCAAUUUUUAACGCACAAAGCUUAAAGCUUACUUAUGAUUCCUGAUUAUUGUGAAUUACACUAUAAAGUUAAGAGCAGUAGAAAUACACUAUACUUGUAUUUCUAGCGUUCUUAACUUUCUAAUUAAUUUGAAUUUUUAAAAAUGCUUGAUUAAAAGUAAUUUUCUAAGAAAUAAUUUUUUGGCAUUGAAAAAAGCAUACUUAAAAUUUGACUUGAAAAUGCUAAUGAAUGUUGUAAUUGAAAAUUUAAUGUGUAGUUGAUUAACUUUGUAUUUUCACUAUUGCUAUUCAAUAUUAAUAUUUCAAGCUUUAUAUAUAUAUAAGAUUUAUUUGAGCAACUAUAUAUAUCUUUUAGAUUUAUUAUUUUUUAUGAAGAUUUUUUUUUGUAUAAAUGUAUGACUUGAAUUCAACAGUCAUGUUCUAUUAAUUAGUGAUAUUAGUUUUGUAGCAGUAUUAGUCAUUUAGAUUUAUUUCUGUCAUUGUUGAUGCUCAAAGAAAGAGAUUUUGUAAACUAUAGCAAUUUAUAUGUCUGGAGACUUUUUUCUUGUACUCUCUGGCUUGUUCUUUAACUAUGUAAUUGCAAGUCUGACUCUGGCUGCAAUUUUUAGCCCAGUAAUCAGCAAAUUUUUAUCCAUCAUAUUCAUAAGAAGAAGAAGAAGCAUGAAGAAGUAGUGUGAUUUACAGUUUAAAUUGAGACUUCUUAAACUAUUUAUCAUGACUGCAGUAAGAUUUCAUAUAUAGAUUUUGAAUUAACAAAAAAAAUUGGCUAUUCUUCCAUUUUAUUAUUUUUUUUUUCAUGUCAGUUUGUAAAAAUGAUUUAUAACAGCUUCUUCAUUAAAAUUUGUUUGUUCUAAAAUUUCUAACUAAAUCUUUUCAUUGUGCAUUUCAUUUUAUUGGGAUUUUAGUUCUUUGCAGAAAAAAGGAAAUUCUGUGUUGAAAAUUUUAAAAAGCUCUAAUUUCAACAUCUCUAUUUUAGAAAUGUUUCAUUUUAGUAUUGUUCAGUGAAAUCAAAGGAAUGAAUAUCAGAUUAUGUCUCAGACAAUUCUAAAACCUUUGCCUUUUUUUAAUGUUUUGUUAAUUCAUUCUGGAAGAAAACUUUCAGUACUUAUUUUAUGUUUUAUUAUGGUAAUCGCACUCUAUUCUAGAAACUUUCACAUCUGAUACUGUUGCUUCAAUACUGCUCACUAUUAUUAUGUCCAAUAUUUAAUAAAUAAAUAAAUAUAAGUUAUAUCUAUAUAUGUUAGAAAUUAUAAAAAUGUGAAAGUAAAAAAAAUUUUUUAAAGAAGGUUGUUACAUAAAUUUAUGUAAAUUGAGGCAAAACAUAAUUUGAGAUGGUAAUAGAGAAUACAAUGAUAAACAGUAUUUAUUUUAAAAAAUCAAGAAAGCUUUUAUUGUAGAAACAGUUUUGUAUUAAAAAGCAUGUUUUGUUAACGAACAUAAUAUAAAUAAAAUAAUGGUAAAUAACUUAGCAUGCAACAAAGCAAUUAGCAAAGAUGUAUAAAUAUAGUUGUUUCUUUUUUCUUUAGUCUUUACUUCUUGUAGUAAUAGGCUUUUGAUGAUAAAUAUUGAUCAGUAAUAUCCAUAAAAUUCAGAAUUUUUUGCUAAUUGAUCAGUAACAUCCAUAAAAUUCAGAAUUUUUUGCUAAGUUGAAAUUACUGAAAACUUAACUAAAUAUCUUGUCAUAUAAUGGAUCUCAAAUAAUUCUUUAAAAAAUUUUAUCUGGAAGAACAUUUUUCAUUUGUCAGAAAAAUUAUAAAAUUCUCACCAUUACAAUCAAACAUAUGAAAAUUUGCUCAGGUUUAUCUUUGUAACUUUGGUGCAUUUUCAUUUUUAUUCAUAAGAAAUUAUUAUUAUUUAAAUUCACAAAAUUCCAAUAUUUUCAUAGUUGGAUUUGAUAAGAUAAAUUGUCCAAAAAGUAUGAGAUGCAAUCAUUGAUAAUAGUUAAGUUCAUUGAAUUCAUCUGAGUAAUUAUGGACCAGUGGAAGAUGAAAUGAAUGCAGAGAGUAUGGGGAUUCAUUGUUCUAGGUUUUUUCCUUUCUAAAACCCAAAGAAGGUAAACCAACUUACCUUCCUAAUAUUUUCUUUUUUCUUAAGAGUUUCCUUUUAUUUAUUUUUAUGUCUUUAUAAUUUCUUUGAGAAUUCUUUUCCCGGAAGAUUCAAUGAAUCUCUGAGGAUAGUGACUGAAGCAAUGUUUUAGCAAUUAUUUUGUUUUCUGUGUUAGCUGGCAUUGCUAUUAAUAUUAGUGAGCAAAAAUUCAUUACAAUUUAAAUGUCGUUUUAUACAUUGAUGUCUCUGUAAAAAACAGAUUUUUAGAAUUGAAUAUACAUUUUUCAUAAAAUUAAAAAUAUGUUGCACAAUAAUUUGUAACAGUUUUGUUUCUUAUUCUCUUUAUAACAAUUUGAGUUUCGAUUUUUAAAUAUUUACUAUAUUAAAUAUAAAGAGUACAAAUUGUCUAAUCCCAUAAUCAUAGACUGAAAAGAAGGCUGCAAUGUUUAGUAUCUUACCAUUAAUUCAUUAGCAGUAUAUAUCUAUGUUCAGAGUUUGUUGCAAAAAUAUUUUUCCGUAAACAUUUAAUAAUGCUGCUCAAUAAAUCUCAAUUUUCUAUAGUUCAAAAUAAGUCAUUUAGUGUGUUGAUAUAUCUAUUUAUUUAAUGAAAUGCAUACUUUAUGUUCAGUAUAUUUUUGUCAUUAUUGAGUUUUAUGGUAUCCUGAAAAUUAUUAUUAAUCUUAUACAAUUUAUUAAUGUGUUUUAUGUAAUUUAGAUAUUGUUACAUUUUCAUGCUUUCACACAGUUAACUUUAAAAUUAGAUACUCCCCAUCUGUUUUUUAAUUAUUAUUUUUUAGAUGUGAGUAUUAAAGGCCACACCUUUUACCAAGACGAAAGAAAUUAUUUUUGAAAUUUAUUAACCUGCUGCUGUUUAUUGGUUAUUUGUAAUUCAUAUUUGUUAAAUUUCCUACCGAUUCACUUGUAUAUAGGUGUUUUUUUAGAAAGUUUAAUUGUGCAGAAAAUUUGUUAUGUCUUUUUCAAGUUAAAAAAAGAAAUUUGUAUAUGUAACUGAUAAGCAAGAAAUAAUAUCAGUAAUUGAAGUAUCAGAAAGAUUUAAAAAGCAUUGUUAGCAUGAUCUACUAUGUUUGACAUUUAAAACAAAAAAAUGGUAAUAUAUUAUUAGAAUGAUUUUUUAGGGAUUGCAAAAUUAAUCAUAUCAAGAAAAUUCUCAGAAUAUAUUUUUAAGAGGCACAAAUUUUGGUAUAACCCAUUGUCAAUUGCUUAGAUGAAAGUUGAUUUUACACUUGUUUAUCAUUGAAGAAUUAAUUUUUUUUUUUUUUUCUUCAAAAUUUUAAAGUCGUAUCAUGAAUAUUGAUGAUAAAUUUGUCUCUAGUUGACAAUUCAUCUGAGAAAACCAAUUUUCACUUUUUCAUCAUUCAACUUAUAAUUCCUAAUACAUCUAGCUAAUAUAUAAUAACUCCCAUUUAAUAACUUUAUUUGUUAAAUGGGAUUGCAGCUAUGGAUUUUUAAAAUAUAAUUGUUGUUUAUAAGGUUUUACAUUUCUCAAGUACUUUGUCUAAAUGAUGUCAGUGGCAAGCUGGUUUUUCAUUUGUAUCAAUAUGCACAAUUUUUAACUGCACAUCCUUAUACUUGAGCAUUUUGCCACUAUUUUCAUGUUUUAUAUAUUCAUUGUAUAAGGAUUUGAAAGCUUUAUUUUAUUUUACAAUCAUCAUUUGAAAUUAUUGAGAACAUUCCAUUGUUAAAUUUUCUGAUUGUCACUUUCAAUCUGAAAUUAUUUGCAUCUUGCCCUUCUCAUUGAUUGUAGUUUUACAUCUGUAUGUUAUAAUUAGACUGCACAUUUUAUCAAAGAUUUAUGUUAAAAUUUCAAAGUUGAAAUUUUGUAUUUCACUGAAUUACUAUU